GUACCUCCAAUUUGGCCAUAACCAUGAGCCGCUGCUCCGCCGUCAUUCUGCGGCCUCUUCUUCUUCGUCGGAAUCCCUCUCUCGAGUUGCUUCGUUCAAUCUCAUCGCCUCCUGCUCUAAAUGCGACACACCGACUUAUCACAAUCUCCAGCGCUGCGGCCUCUCCUUCGCCACUCCCAUCGGACAUCCGCUCAUGCAACGAGAUGCUCUCCUCUAUCGGCCGGGCGCGCGGCAUCGACGAAGCGCGCGCCCUGUUCGACCGGAUGCCCCAACGAGACCUCGUCACCUACGCCUCCAUGAUCAGCCUCUACCUCAAGGACGGCCUCCUACAGCAAGCCGAGGCUCUCUUCCGCCGGCUCCCCCGCCGGACUGUCGUCAUUGAGUCGGCCAUGAUCGACGGGUACGCCAAGGCUGGGAGACUGGAGGAGGCGCAGAAAGUGUUCGAUGCGAUGGAAGAGCGGAAUGUAGUGUCUUGGACGAGCUUGUUGUCUGGGUAUUGUCGGCUUGGACGAAUUGACGAAGCAAGGUGGAUCUUUGAUCAGAUGCCGACGAGGAAUGUCGUAUCUUGGACAACAAUGCUCCUAGGGUACGCUCGCAGUGGGCUUCUCGAGGUUGCCCGAGAGCUUUUUGAGCAAAUGCCGGAGAGAAACGUUGUGGCUUGGACAGCUAUGAUCAAGGGUUACAUAGAAAAUGGCUACAUUGACUAUGCCCGGGAGUUGUUCGACAGAAUGCCGGAGCCAAAUGUGUACACCUGGAACAUCAUGAUCUCCGGCUAUUUGGAUAGUGAUAGAGCAGAGGAUGCAAUGCAUUUGUUUCAGUUGAUGCCGUACAAGAAUACAGUUUCAUGGACAACAAUGGUUAGUGGCAUGGCUCGGAAGGGUUUGACAGUGCAAGCUUGGGAGUUGUUUGAACAAAUGCCGAUAAAAGAUAUUGCAGCUUGGAAUGCGAUGAUCACUGCUUAUGUGAACAAGGGUUUCAUGAACGAGGCAAGGAUGCUCUUUGAUUCCAUGCCAAAAAGAAAUAUAGUGACUUGGAAUGCAAUGACUGAUGGGUAUGCUAAGAAUGGCUUUAAAGAUGAAGCCAUGAGGCUUCUCAUUUGCAUGCUUCGGUCACUGGUGAAGCCAAAUGAGGCUACGCUUACUGGUAUUCUAGCCAACUCCGAUAGCAAUAUUGUAGUAAGGGAAAUUCAUGGACUAGCAAAUAGGCUUGGCUUCAACUCGAACACUUCAUUCAUGAAUGCUUUGAUAAAUUUGUACUCAAGAACUGGUGACCUGAAUUCAGCAUGGCUUACCUUUCAUGAGGUUGAAAUAAAGGAUGUCAUCUCAUGGACCGCAAUGAUACUAGCUUACUCAAACCAUGGGCACAGUGAUUAUGCAUUGGAAUUGUUUGCGCUGAUGUUGAGACAUGAAGUUAUGCCUGAUGGGAUUACUUAUCUCGGAGUGUUGUCAGCUUGUAGCCAUGCUGGCCUUGUUGAGAAGGGAAAGAAGAUCUUUGGCUCUAUGGAAAGAAUAUAUGAUUUGGAACCAACAGCAGAGCACUACUCUUGCCUUGUGGACUUGCUAGGUCGAGCUGGGCAACUUGAGGAAGCUAAGGCUAUGGUGAUGAAGAUGCCAGCAAGCAAGAGGGAUGAGGUAGUUUUGGGGGCUUUGUUGGGUGCUUGUAAGUUGCAUGAUCAGGUAGAGGAAGCAUGCAAUGUUGGUGAGGAGUUGAUUGAGUUAGACCCAUCAAGCUCAGGGGGCUAUGUCCUUCUUGCCAAUAUACAUGCUUCACAGGGGCAGUGGACCGAUGUGGCCCGUCUGAGGAAGAUGAUGAAGGAAAGGAAGGUGAAGAAAGUCCCUGGUAUCAGUCAUAUUGAGGUUAACACAAAAGAUCAUGUGUUCUUUGCUGGCGAUCGGUCGCAUCCUGAGGCAAAGCAAAUUUAUGCAAUGCUAAAAGAGGAGCUUCUCCCACAUAUGAAGGAUAUGGGCUACUCACAAUUGACUUGCUAUGAUAAACCGAUAACUAAUUAAGAUAAGUUGCUACUUUGCUAUCGAGGAGAACUGAUUGGAACAAGCUGAAAUGAGGAAGUUGCUUAAUUAGAAUGGUCCAUCUCCCAUCUAAGCUCUUAUAAAAUUCCAGGUCACCAUCAGAUAGAGAGUUCAACAGUAAGAAGAGGAAUAUUAAUCUGAGACUUGUGCAGAAUGAGUGUCCUUAUCAUACAUUGUCACUAGACAUGUGCACUCGAUCAGAAAACCAUAUUGAUGCACAAUAAUGAUGGUCCUCAACCAUGUGGCUUUAAGCUGUGAUUACUGUAUCCAAACAAAGGGACCAACCUAGCGCAUGCUGCAUGCUGCAUGCUGCAUGGUGCAGGAAAUGAACAGGAGCUUUUACGCUCUAGGAUGGUCAUGCAUUUUGACUGUGGGGGAGAUUUGACUGCUUUCUCAUGCAUGAAUGGGAGCAAAACUGUAUUGAGAUGAUAAAUCCUGCUGCAUUGAGAUUGAAAGUUUUGGUGGUAAAGACAGAAACAUUAACUGAGAAACUAGCUGUCCAUGUUUAGAGUUGUGGAGAUGUAGCAAGUCCAUAUAAGUUUUAUCACUUGAUUUUGCUUACGCAAUUGGAUCUGACAUUUACAUUAUGCUGAAUCGAAGGAUCUAGGAAUGGCGGCUGGUCCACAGAAUCUAGAAGCCGCCAAUCAUUAUUCACUGACUACUUUGG